AUGGCAUCCAAUUUAAAUAGAAAGGCUGUUGAUUUCAAUCAGAUAUGGCUGAAUCUAGAGAAUGGAAUGCAAUCCUUAUUAAAUGCCAAACACAUUAACUCUAUGGAGUUAAUAGAAGAUGUAUAUAAUUUGUGUGUGUCAAGACCACAACCACAUUCAGAACCGCUCUAUGAAAAUAUAAAGAAAUUCUUUGAGAAUCAUGUCGAUAACAUUAGAGAGACCAUUCUAUCAACCAAUUCAGAUACAAUUACAGAGUACUUGAAGCAAUGGGAAAGAUUCUCACUUGGAAGUAAAGCAUGUCAUGUUGUAUAUAGAUAUCUUAACCAGAAUUGGAUUCAAAAGAAGAUGGGCGAUAAGAAAUAUGGUCAAGUCGCUGACAUCUACGAGGUUUACAAUUUGGCACUGAUGAUUUGGAAAGAUAGAUUAUUCUACAAAUUAAAAGAUAAGGUUUUGAGAUGUGCAGAGAUUCUCAUCUAUCAGAACAGAGAGAAUGGUACCGAUGAUCAAGAUGCAAAUGUUACAAAGUUUAUGAACAGUUUAAUCAAUCUUGAUAAUAUCGAUAAAGAUAAAGUAUUAUACAAGUCAGAGUAUGAAGCAUCUUAUCUUGCCAAUACCGAGCAGUACUACGCUAGAGAAUCAUCUGCAUACAUUCUCACCUAUGGAAUAUCGAGCUACAUGAAAAAGGCAGAGAUCAGAAUCGAUGAAGAAUACCUUCGUUCUCAAAAAUAUUUAAAUUCAACUUCACAUGAAAGAUUGAAAAGAUUGUUGGAUUCAAUUCUUAUUGAGAAACAUAGAGAUUUAUUACAUGCAGAAUGUAUCAAUUAUUUGAAAGAUGAGAAACUAGAUCGUAUAAUCGAAGGUGGAUUGGGACCAGUGUUGGAGACAGUUCAAAACUAUAUUCAACAUACAGGAUUCGAAGCGUUGAAGGCUAUACCAGACAAGAGUAUCACCGAUCCAAAGGUGUACGUAGAGACAUUGUUGGAGAUAUACCAACGAUUCAGUGCUGUCAUUAGAAAGUCAUUCAACAAUGACGUUUCAUUCAUCACUGCACUCGACGCUGCCUGUCACAAGAUAUUCAACCAGAAUCAUCUCACCAAGAACACCACAAAGUCACCGGAGCUACUUGCAAAGUACUGCGAUCUCAUCUUGAAGAAAGUAAACAAACAAGCUGCCGAAGAAGUCGAACUUGAAGAAAAGUUAAAUCAGAUUAUUAUACUAUUCAAAUAUGUAGAUGACAAAGAUGUAUUCCAAAAGUUUUAUUCAAAGAUGUUGUCGAGACGUUUGAUCAACGGUACUUCUGUCUCUGACGAUUCCGAACGAUUUAUGAUCACAGGUCUCAAACAGGCUUGUGGAUUCGAAUAUACCUCACAGUUCCAAAGAAUGUUGACCGAUAUUACAUUGAGUUCCGAAACCAAUGAAGAUUUUAAGUUAACCAUACAAAGAAAUCAAAUUCAAAUAAUUGACUUUUCAAUUCUUGUUUUGACAUCUGGAUCAUGGUCUAUUCAUUCACAACCAUCUAGUUUUAUUGUGCCACAGGAGUUGACUGCAUGUAUUUCAGCAUUCCAAUCGUAUUAUCAAACCAAGCAUCAAGGUCGUAGACUUAAUUGGCUUCACCAUCUAUCUAAAGCAGAGGUUAAAUCUCAUUACCUCAAAAAGAAUUACGAAUUCCAAGUCACAAACUUCCAGCUCGGUGUACUGUUACUUUUCAACUCACAGGAAUCCGUCACCACCGACGACAUUACCAAAUUUACAAACCUUAAUGAAAACGAAUUACCAAGAACUCUUCAAUCAUUGGUGGAUGCCAAGAUUCUUAAUCAAAAAACAAGACCAGAUACAAAUAUUCAAGAAUAUCAAUUAAAUCCAACUUAUUCAAAUAAACGAUUAAAAGUUAAGGUAUCAAGCUCAUUACAGAAAGAUACAACAACACAGACCGAGGAAACUUACAAGGGUAUCGAGGAGGAUAGAAAGUUAUACCUACAGGCAUCUAUUGUUAGAAUUAUGAAGGCCAGAAAGAGUAUGAAUCACGUUGCAUUGAUUCAAGAGGUCAUCGAACACUCUAGACUUAGAUUCCAACCACAUAUCCCAAUGAUUAAGAAAUGUAUAGAACAAUUGAUCGAAAAAGAAUAUAUUCAAAGAGUUGAAGGUGAAAGCGAUAAAUACAACUACGUCGCUUAA